AUGGACUUGAAAGAAUGUAAGAAUGAUGGGGGGUUGGAACAGUAGGAUGGGUCAGGAACAGGAUGAGGUUGGAGGGGAGACUCAUCAGGAUCAAUCCUCUCUUUUCCUUCAGUCGGAGAGGGUUGAUCCUUCUAGUCAAAGCAACGAAAUAUCUGUUCAUAAAUUUAAAAUGCCUGACAACCCAGAAAACGAUGAAAAUCAGCAUAAAUUGCUGAAUGAAAAAGUUGCUGCUGAUGGAAUUCCUUUUCAGGAAUAUUCUAACUAUUUGGAGAAGGUUGAUGAUGCUAAACUAAGUAAAGUGAAAGGUGACAGUAAGAAUGCUAUUUAUGAAGAUGAAGUUAAAUCUAGUGAGAAUGAGUCUAGUGAAGAGGAUAGCGGUGUAUACUCCAAUAAUGAUGAUUCAGACGAAAAUCAAUUACUUCAUAAGUCUGGUAAUCAUGAGUUUCUGACAAAGACCAACAAUGUUCUUGAUGAAGACAUCAAAGAAAACAUAGCAAAGGAAAAGAAAACCGAUGAUAAUUCUGACUACGCCAAUGAAAAUGAUAGUAUGCAGAAAAAAGAUAAUCCUAAAAAUCUGAAAAAUUGCCAGCCCUUGGACAUUGAUGAAAGUAAAAUCACAGAUGAUAUUGAGAAGAGACAGAGAAUUUUGUGCAAAAUAUGCAAAAACUUGAUUGAAGAGUACAGUAUGCACAAUCAUAUCAGGUACCAUGGUGUGAGAAGUUAUGGAGAUUAUGAAUAUGACAAUGAGUACUACAACAGAUGCAAGAUUUGUGACCAUGUGAUGACCUUCAGCUAUAAACACAUUCAGAGUCAUGUUUAUAAUGUUCACGGUGUAACACUGGGGGAUUACAAGAAUACAUACAUGAGAGAUGCAUAUACCAACAUGGUAAAUAAAGGAAACCAAAAUCAUAAACAUGAUAACAAGACGGCCAUGAAAAGAUCAAGAAAGUGUCGAAAGAAAGGAAGCUGCACGGAGGACACAAGGUUUAUAACUGAUGAUAUCCGUGAUAUGAGAAAGGUGAAAUGUAAACUUUGUGGAAAAAUUGUUCUUCGGUAUUUCAUGGACGGUCAUAUACAUCACAAACACAAUGUCACCCAUCAAGAGUAUGGUUCCUUUGAAUACAUCAAUAACGUUUCAUAUUACAGGUGCAAACUGUGCCCAGCUGUUAUUACCUUUGAUUUUAGACUCAUCGGAAUCCAUUUACGUUCAAAGCAUGAUAUGAAGCUCUCUGACUACAAGCUUCAACAUAUGGGAUGGAAAGGGAAUAUGACUUAUGAUGAAAUGGUCUCACAUCUGAACAGAAUCCAGCCAAGGAAAACGAUCCAAAAUCAGAAAGAUAACAUUGAAGAUGAAAUCAAGGCGAUCACGAAAAGAUCAAGAAAGAGUGAAAAUAACGACGAAUGUCCAAAUGACAGUGAAGAUGAAAACAAGACAGCCAUGAAAAGAUCAAGAAAGAGUGAAAAUAACGACGAAUGCUCAAACGACAGUAAAGAUGAAAACAAGACAGCCAUGAAAAGAUCAAGAAAGAGUGAAAAUAAUGACGAAUGCUCAAAUGACAGUGAAGAUGGAAACAAGACAGCCAUGAAAAAAUCAAGGAAGAGUGAAAAUAACGACGAAUGUCCAAAUACUAGUAAAGGUCUUGAAGGAAGCUGCAACGAGGACUCUAGGUUCAUAUCAGAUGAUAUCCGAGAAAUGAGAAAGAUCAAAUGUAAACUCUGUGGAGAAAUUGUUCUCGGGUAUUCCUUUGAAGGACAUUUAGGGUGGAAACACAAGGUCACCCGUCAAGAAUAUGGUUCCUUAGAUUACAUCAAUAACGUUUCAUAUUACAGGUGUAAACUGUGCCAAGAUGUGAUGAUCUUUGAUUUCAAACACAUCAAUUACCAUGUAGGUAAAGUGCAUAGUACCAAGCUCUCUGACUACAAGCUUCAAUAUAUGGGAUGGAAGAAUAAAAUGACUUAUGAAGAAAUGGUCUCACAUCUGAACAUAAUUAACCCAAGGAAAUCUAAAAUACAGGAAUCUGCACCUAAAGUUGAAAAGGUUAUCAAAGCUGUCGAAUCCAACGAGCAUAUCAAAGUAUUUAAGAAACCCAUACCUCAAAAUUCUCCAAUCACCUCUAGAUUAAAUGUUAGUACUAAAAUCAGUAAAGGUGUCCUGAAUAGUGCCAAAAUCAAGCAAUCUCAUCAAGAAAAAAUAACAAAGGGCACCGCCUGUGAAGAUAUUAGAUUUGUUACAGACGACAUUAGAGAAAUGAGGAAAAGCAAAUGUAGUAUCUGUGGAGACUUAUUUCUUAGCAGUCAAAUCAGGCGCCACAUAAAAGACAAACAUGGGGUCGCCUUGAAUAAGUAUGGGCCUAUUAAAGAUACCAACAAUGCCUUCUAUAGGUGUAAAAUCUGUUCUUCAGUUUUUGCCUUUUGCAUGGGUAAAAUCAGCAAACAUGUCCGUAGGGUGCAUAGGAUAAGAAGUGUAAAGGUAUACAAGAAGAAGUACAUGGGAUGGGAUGAGAAAACAACCUAUGAUCAAAUGGUGGAGCAAUUGGAUAAAGUUAACCCACGAAAUCAUCAAAAUAGCAUCACAAGCCAUCAACAGAUAAAGAUUGAUAUCUCUGACAAAGAUGAAAGUGACCAUGACAAAGCUAUGGAACCCCCUGAAAUCCCUGUUAUUUCAGAGAAAGCCAGAGUUAUCAAGAAAAAGAUUAAAGAAGUAUUCAAAACCUCAGAACCGAUGAAAAAACAUGAAGUUAAUGAAAUAAAGACCGACACUUUCAAGAGGAUCUUCUCAGAUGAUGUUAACAACAUGUGUCUAAUCAAAUGUAACAUUUGCCAGAUGAGGUUUAGUUCUGACAAGAAAUGGCUUCAUUUCAAAAAUUUCCAUAAAGAAACCCUGGAACCAUCUUGUACCUUUGUCAGGAAAACUUAUUACAGAUGUCCUGAUUGCGCUGGAGAGUUUCUGUUUUGUAAUAGAUCUCUUGCUAGUCAUGCUGCUGUAAGACAUAACACAACCUUAGCAAAUUUCAAAGCCAAAUAUCUCAAGAUAAAGCCAGAAAAAUUUAACUCUACCCAGAAGAUCAAGCGUGAAGAGAAAUAUUAUCCCGACAAUGUGUCUAAAGAGAAAUAUUAUCCCGACAAUGUGUCUAAAGAGAAAUAUUAUUCCGACAAUGUGUCUAAAGAGAAAUAUUAUUCCGACAAUGUGUCUAAAGAGAAAUAUUAUUCCGACAAUGUGUCUAAAGAGAAAUAUUAUUCCGGCAAUGUGUCUAAAGAGAAAUACUAUUCCGACAAUGUGUCUGAACUGUGCAAAUAUAAAUGUUUGUCAUGUGGAGAAGAAAACAUUGAAGUAAAAAAUAUUCACACAAAAAAUGUUCAUCCGGAGAUAAAAAGGAAAUAUAAAGUCAUGGAAAAGAUUCUUCACAGAUGUAAGAUCUGCAACACAACAACAAUCUUCAAUUCAGAAGGAAUUAAUAAACAUUUGAAAAAAUGUCAUCCUUCAUUAAACAUGACGUUUAAGAGGUAUUGUAAAACAUACCUCAGCAUGGAACCUCAAGAUGAUGAGAUGCAAAUGAACCUCCAGGUGCAUGAGGAAAAAACAAAUGAUAAAAUGCCAACGAAGAUCAAGCAUAAAGAGAAAUAUUAUUCCGACAAUGUGUCUAAAGAGAAAUAUUAUUCCGACAAUGUGUCUGAACUCUGCCAAUACAAAUGUUUGUCAUGUGGAGAAGAGAAUAUCGAAGUAAAAUCAACUCACACUAACAAUGUUCAUCCAGAGAUAAAAAAGAAAUAUAAAGUCAUGGAAAAGAUUCUUCACAGAUGCAAGAUCUGCAAUAAAUCAGUAAUCUUCAAUCCAGUUGGAAUUAAUGGACAUUUGAAGAAAUCUCAUCCUUCAUUAAACAUCACGUUUAAGAAGUACUCCAAAACCUACCUGAACCAGGACUCCAAGACGAAAGUGACCAAGAAACAUCCUCCUGGUCCAGUCAGGUGUACCUACUGUCCUAUUCUUGGUACAAAGGAACAGAUUGUAUCUCACACUAAACUUCAACAUAAAGCAGUCUCAAGUCAAGUUGACGUUGAUGAAGAUGAACAUAUGGCUAUUGAAGAGGAUCAUACUGAUGCUCCUAAAGAAGUAUCUGAAUUGACCACUGAAGAGGAUGACAAUUAUGUUGAUGAAGAUGAAUCUGAAAACCCAGCUAAGGAAGGAGAAGGGAUGAAAAUAUUUACAAAUAAUGUAAAUCUCCUCUGUACCAGUAAGUGUCUGCGCUGUAAGAAUAUUGUCCUUUCAUCAAAAAGAAAAUGCCAUAUUAAAUAUCAUCACAAAGAUCUCAAGUUUUCUAAGAAAUUGUUCAGAUCUGUUCGUAAAACGUAUCACAGAUGUAAACUGUGCAAUCAAGAGCUGUUAUUUAGCAUGUGCUCUAUUGGUGAGCAUCUAAGAAUUAAGCAUAAUAUUUCAACUGUAACACAAUAUAGGUGGGAACAUUGUGUUCAGCAGAAAGUUAAUCAACAGGUGGAUAAAAUAUUGACGAAGACCAAUGAGAGAAUCAAGACUAAAAAUAGCGUAGAUAAAUCGAAUAUUGAGAAGAAGAGGAAACAUGAUGAACAAGACUCCGGUCAAAGUUUUAAAUAUCAAAGGAAUCAAAACAAUACUUUGAGAGAAUUGGCGGGAAAUAAAGAUUUUCUAUCAGAUGAAAGCGAUGAUGAAGAAGAUGAACUAGUUGAUAAUUGCUACUCCACUGAUGUCCACAAGAUGUGUUUAUCCAGAUGUCUUUACUGUCUUAAAAUCUUCUCGCUUAAUAAUAUUAGGCCUCAUAUCUACAGGAACCACAGUAAAUCAACUGGCAACAACGACGAACAGAAGUUUGUUUAUGUUCGAAAAACUUACUACAGAUGCCGAAUCUGCGGUAAAUCGUUGUUGUUCAGCUUCGAUUCUAUUUUCCUGCACGUGAAGAAUAAUCAUUACAUGAACCUAGCAGAGUACAAGGACAAGUACAUGGGGUACAACAAGGACAAAUAUGUGUACAGGCGAAGGCCUGUUUACCAAUCUUUAUCCAUCACACCUGAAAUAAAACUGGAGUCCAGUUCACCCAGUAUCAAAACUGAACCUGGGUUAGUUCCUGAACCUGAAGAACAAAAGUCAUUGUAUUUUCUUCAACAAAACUCUUCUGUUCUACCAAAACAAGAACCAGAUAGCGAGAAAACUGCUACUGGUACUGAUACAUUGAUUCACAAGCAAGCUUCCACUGAAACCUCUUCUGCUUUGUCCGAAAACAAUACCAACCUAAACAUAGAAACUUUAAAAACCGGACAUGAAGAAUCAGACUCCAGGUUAGAGAAUUUAGAGAAUUUAGAGGAGCAAGCUAAUUCUCUCGAAAAUCUAAAGAAUUCUGAGGAUACAGUUGAUACUUCUGAAGCACAUAUUCCUGAAGAUCUAGAGAAUGGUGUUAAGAAAGAGGAAGAUUGCAAACCUGAAUUUGUGUUCAAAUGUCCUUUUAAUCCCUGUCCUGCCUUUACUAUAGAAGAGGGUUUGAAGGAUGGUAGAGCUGCCAACCAUUGUAUCAAGGUGCAUAAAGCAAGACCUCGUCAUCUUCUUAAACUGAAACUGAACUGGGUUCGGGUCCCGGCCGGUCACACUACCUGGAAAGAUUCUGUUUCAAGUUUUUAAAAAUUUUAUUUUGUUCAGAACACCUUGCUAAAAAUAAGAGAUGGACAUGGAUAUUACCUAAAAUUGUUGAACUGAGGAAGUAGUUAUUACUUUUUUGUAAAAACUUUUCUGCAAAAUCUUUUUUUUUGUCUAAUGAGAAAACUUUUCCCGUUUAUCUGUACCUUGAGCAAACAAGUGAUGUUUGUUUGUUUGCGGGAAGUUGAAAAAUCAGUCUUGUGUCAAGUUGAAAAAUCAGUCUUGAGUCAAAUUGAAAAAUCUGUCCAGUAUCAGUUUUUAAAAUAAUUGUUAAACGAAUUUGCAUUUCAUGAUCUCAAAUAAUCCCGAAAAGAGACUGUUCUUUGUUUUGUUUUUAUGUCUCUUUUUUUAUUCGUUUUUUUUGAUUUGGUAAAUUUUUCUUAGUGCUCUCAGUCUUUAUCUUUUAUGUUAACCGUGGGCACCUUAGCAAUUAAACACUGCCAAUUACUAGUACAUAACUAUUAUCUUAUUUUGUAAAAUUUGCACAUGAUAAUUGUAAAAGAAAUUCGUUGUUUGUAACCAGUAUAUCGCUCUAAAUUUCAAAUAUUUAAUCAGAUUUUUUGGUUCUAUAUUGAUCAAUUCUAAGCUUUUUGUUUUUUGUAUUUGUUUGUUUUGUUGUUACGUUUUUUGUUUUUUAUAAAUUUUUUUUUGAAUUGGUAAUUUAUUUUAUGUCUUUAUUUUUUAUAUUGGACACCUUAGCAAUUAAACACUGCCAACUACUAGUACAUAACUAGUAUUUUUAAUUUUGUAAAAUUUGCACAUGAUAAUUGUAAAAGAAAUUCGUUGUUUGUAACCAGUUUAUUGCUCUAAAUUU